AGGCCCGGGAACGCGCCUCCCAUCUGCUCCUGUUCACGCGCCGCCGCCGAGCUGCAAGUGGUCCGGACUGUGAGCGCGCGGCAGUUCCAGGACGAGGUGGGAUCCUUACAGGACUGAGGAGGACGACGACGACGACGAAGAAGAAGAAGCCCCCGGGAUUUUGUUCGUCUUUCUUGCGGCUGCCCCUCGCUGGAUAUGUUCCCUGGUGCUUUCCUGGCCUUUUUUCCCUUUUCCUGGUGGCUUUCAUGGGAGGUGAAGGCGCGGAGCCGCUGCGCUGUUUCGGAGCUGGGCGCGAUGUCCGUGAGGGAGAUCUGACAUGUGUGGUCAAGUGUGGGAGAUACCUUCAGAGAGAAGUCAAGCGGAAUAUUUAGUGGACCACUUCAAACUGCCAUACUGAUUUACACGUCGGAAGAGAGAGACCCCCAUUUCCAGAGCGGAAUGUGCUUGGAAUGAGAGCAGAGGAUGGAAAUUAUUUGGGAAAUAUUUGUCAUUCUGCAAGCCAAUUUCUUCGUAUGCAUAUCUGCUCAGCAAAAUUCUCCCAAAAUCCAUGAAGGUUGGUGGGCAUACAAAGAGGUGGUCCAGGGGAGCUUCGUCCCAGUUCCAUCCUUUUGGGGCCUUGUCAAUUCAGCCUGGAACCUGUGCUCUGUGGGAAAGAGACAAUCGCCGGUGAACAUUGAGACCAGCCACAUGAUAUUUGACCCCUACCUGACCCCCCUGCGAAUCAACACAGGAGGACGGAAGGUGAGUGGCACGAUGUACAAUACGGGGCGGCACGUGUCCCUCCGCCUGGACAAGGAGCACCUGGUCAACAUCUCGGGAGGACCCAUGACGUACAGCCACCGUCUGGAGGAGAUCCGGUUACAUUUUGGCAGUGAGGAUGGCCAGGGGUCCGAACACCUGCUGAACGGACAGGCCUUCUCCGGGGAGGUUCAGCUUAUCCACUAUAACCACGAGCUGUACACCAACGCCACCGAAGCUGCCAAGAGUCCCAACGGCCUGGUUGUGGUUUCCAUUUUCAUGAAAGUGUCGGAGUCUUCAAAUCCAUUUCUAAACCGCAUGCUGAACAGAGACACCAUCACGAGAAUAACGUAUAAAAAUGACGCCUAUUUACUGCAGGGCCUAAAUAUUGAGGAGUUGUAUCCAGAAACCUCGAGCUUCAUCACCUACGACGGCUCGAUGACCACCCCGCCUUGCUUUGAGACCUCCACCUGGAUUCUGAUGAACAAGCCCGUCUACAUCACCAGGAUGCAGAUGCAUUCCUUACGACUUCUAAGUCAGAACCAGCCGUCUCAGAUCUUCCUCAGCAUGAGUGACAACUUCCGACCCGCCCAGCCUCUCAACAACCGUUGCAUCCGAACCAACAUCAACUUCAGUCUCCAAGGAAAAGACUGCCCGAACAACAGAGUGCAGAAGCUCCAGUACCGAGUGAACGAGUGGCUUCUAAAGUAACCUCGGCCUCUGACGAGCACAGCUCUCGGUUAUGGUGGGCUAUGGACACACUGCUAGUGCGGCGGCUCAUCGUAAUCAAGACGACGUCAAUCGCCUCCCCAAUGGGAUUUGGAUUUGUGACGGUAUCUUGAGAUAUCUUGUACCAUAAAUACAGAGAGAGAGCUCGA